GUCGUACCAUAGACACCGAAGCGCUGGAUUCAAGUGUUUAACCUGGGUCUCUCCGUGGCUCUGAGAGAGUCAUUUCCUUGCAGGAGCAGCCAACAAACACGAGGCUAAAAUACUGCAUGAGGUGAAAGGGACAGACAGCUGGGAUGGGCAGAGGUCUGGAUGGCUGACGGACAGGGUCGCGGACCAAUCACGUGACAAGAUGCUGGCUCGCAACCGCUUCCUCCUCCUGGUGGUGGUGGGCGGGGCAGCGUUGGCCAUCAUCAGUCUGAGCCUUCAGUUCUUGAACCUGAUCCCCACCACUCCCAUAGUGGAGGAGCGACCCUUCCAGGCUAUAGAUGGAGGCCUUGGGGUGGCUGUGGGGAAGAGCAGAAAGAGAGUGUUCCCGGUGCCUCACACCCAGGAGCCCAAUCCUAUAUCUGAGGCCUAUGGCUAUUGCAACACACCCAACCGCACCGAACAGGCCUGGGAGGGUCACAGUCCUGCCGACUACAAGCUGCUCUCUGUCCAGGUGAUGAUUCGCCAUGGAGACCGUUACCCUCUCUACUCCAUCCCCAAAACCAAACGACCUGCCAUCGACUGCAGUCUGUCCAUCAGCAGGAGGCCUUCCCACCCUCUGCUGAACUCCUUCAUCAAUCACAUGGGCCAGGGAGGGCGUGGCCACUGGGAGUCGCCACUGGUCUCCGUUCCCCGUUUGCCCAGCCACAGUGUCUGUGAGAUGGGAGAACUCACACAGACAGGUGUGGUGCAGCACCUACGCAACGGGCAGCUCCUCCACCAGGCCUACAAGCGUCACAAUCUCCUCCCCGCUGAUUGGUCGCCCCGCCAGUUGUGGGUGGAGACCACAGGUAAGAGCCGGACUCUCCAGAGCGGACUGGCCUUCCUCUAUGGGUUCCACCCGGACUUCGAUUGGAGGAAGCUGACCGUGCGUCAUCAGUGGAGCACGUUGUUCUGCGGCUCGGCCUGCGACUGCCCCGCCAGGAACAGAUACCUGGAAGAGGAGCAGAAGAGGCAGUAUCGGCUCCGGGUGGCCGACACCGAGCUGGAGAGGACUUAUGCCGACAUGGCACGGACUUUGGGUCUGCUCACCCGCCAGCUCCGAGCUGCGAACCCUAUAGACUCCCUGUUGUGCCACCUGUGCCACGGCUUGUCUUUCCCGUGCGUUCCCAUGGGAGACAGUGGCGCCGGUGGAUGUCUGACAAUGGCGCAGUUUGCCGUGAUUCGUCGGCAGCAGCUAGAUGACGAGGUGGAUCGGAGAAGAGUGGGGCUUUACCGUAAAUACGCCAUCCUGGCUAUGUACCCCUACCUCAAUCGAACCGCUGCCAAGAUGGAGCGCGUUGCUAAGAGCAGCGAGGCUGGCCGACAGCCUCGAGCUGGCGGCGAGGAGGUCUUCACCCUCUCUUCAGCUCACGACGUCACCAUGGCCCCAUUGCUGAGCGCCCUGGGACUGGAGGAGGCCAGGUUCCCACGUUUUGCUGCGAGGGUGGUGUUUGAACUGUGGAAGAGUCCCCCGGCGACUCAAGGGCAGCUGAAGAAGAGAGCUGGCAAAGUUGAUAAGUCGAAAGCGAAAGACGGGGAACUGUUCAUCAGGGUGCUGUACAACGGCGAGGACGUGACAUUUCAUACCACCUUCUGUCGCUCCCAUGACCGCCAUGCCGGCCAGCCCCUCUGCCCUCUGAAGAACUUCCUGUCUUUUGUCAGGAAAGACAUGUUCAGUGUUGUCAAUGCCACUUCCUACCAGGGGGCCUGCUACAGACGCCCCGGUUGACAGACGGGCAGAUGGAGACGUGGGUGAAUGAAGAAGGACGCAGAGUGGGCAGAUGGUUGUACUUGUUUUUGUUUUGUUUUUUUAGUUUUACACUUUUAAAGAUGGUGCACUUUUAUGCUGCUCAUAGUGUCUUAAAUUUUUUUUUUACAUGUAAUCUUUAACAUCCAUCAGCACAAAGUGAGUUGCAAACACACACGACACACCGCAUAUCCUGGUUGGACGUCUUCAGUUUCUAACCUUUCUACGAAAUUCUCUUUGGAAUAUUUGUAUGUUUUCACAAGCGAAUCUGUAAGAGAUAAACGGUUGAAGGGGAGUUGUACGGCACUUAGCCACUUUAUUCCUACGUUCCAUAAAACCAUGGAAUUGUAAAAUCCCAGUAUUCCCAAACGCCUGCAAGAAUAAUAGGGAAUAUCAAAGCUGGAAAUACUAUGCUGGAUUUAACAGUCUUGGGAAAUAUUUUGUGUAUAAUAAUCUUUUCAAUGAAAAAACAUUCUGGGCUAAUUUGGGCCGCAUUACUCAGUAUGACUAACCCAUUUGUCAUUUCUUCGAGUUUUAAUGUUUAUUCAUUGCAGUAGCUGCCUCUUUAAUAGAAACUCAUUGAAAUGGAUUUGUUUUUCUCUACUUUAUUAAAAUUGACUGCAGUACUUUGAAAGUGGCAAGUGACACAUGUAUUUUUCUUUAAAUUAAUAUACAACUACAAGAGCUCUGUGUUUGUAUUAAUUGUUGAUAUAACUGGUCACAUUCCACAUACUAAAUUUAAAUGUAAUGUUCAUUUUGAAUAGACAUUUAUACUGUAAAGCACAUAGUAAAGGUUUUGGUGUAAAACGUG